AGUGCCCUCGCUCUCUCCGGAGAGCCGACCUUCCUCGCGCUGUGUGCGUCUGUGUGACACGUACCUCACUCUCGCGCGUAGAAGUCUACGGAUGCAUCGGUUAUGAAAGUAUCUCGGUCGGUUUAAGACUGACAAGCAUUUUGUAACGUUUAGCGAAGACUGGUUUCAUAACCUGCAACAUGGAGCCAGGAGCGCGUGACGCGACAGCAGGUGCUCCAUACGUUGAAGCAUCCAGAGUGAAGAAAAAGAGCAGUAAGGAGAACAAACAGACAACCUUGGCUCCGUCAGAGCAGACCAGCACCAUGAAGCGUCUCUUUGGCUUUGAGAAGGAAGACAUCUCCUCGUGGCAUCGUCUGGUGUGUCUCCUCAAUCGCCCCACUGACCCGGCCUCAUUGGGCAUUUUCCGUUUCUUAUUCGGUAUGCUGAUGGCGCUGGACAUCACCCAGGAGCGAGGCCUGAGUCAUCUGGACUACAAGUAUUUAGAUGGGGCACCGGUGUGCCGCUUCCCCCUCUUCAACUUCCUGAAGCCCCUUCCCAUGGACUGGAUGUUCUUUGUGUAUUUUGUGAUGUUCCUUGGUGCUGUUGGUAUCAUGCUCGGCUGUUUUUAUCGCCUUGCCUGUCUGAUGUUUAUAUCCACUUACUGGUACGUUUUCUUCCUGGACAAAACAACCUGGAACAAUCACUCUUAUCUGUACGGACUCAUCGGCUUCCAGCUCACGCUCAUGGACGCCAACAGAUACUGGUCAUUAGAUGGACUCCGAAACCCCAGGAAGAGGAACGCUCAUGUACCGCUGUGGAACUACACUUUGCUGAGAACUCAGAUCUUCAUAGUGUACUUCAUCGCUGGAGUCAAGAAACUAGAUGCUGAUUGGGUGGAAGGAUACUCAAUGAAGUACUUGGCGCACCAUUGGUUAUUUGAACCUUUCAAACUGAUCUUGCCGGUUGAAUUGAUCAGUCUGAUGGUGGUCCACGGUGGAGGUCUGAUCUUAGACCUCACAGCUGGCUAUCUGCUCUUCUUCGAUGCCACACGUCCUGUCGCCUUCUUCUUUGUCAGCUAUUUCCACUGCAUGAAUUCCCAGCUCUUUAGCAUUGGAAUGUUUUCGUACACCAUGUUGGCCACUAGCCCUCUCUUCUGCUACCCUGACUGGCCCAGACGCUUUUUCGGCCAUUUCCCAGAGUUCCUCCAGCCCAUACUGCCCUUCGUCUCUCCUGCCCCGAUUUCCAGCUCCUCCUGCGUCUACCCAAAACCACCCAGUGGGUCUGGAGGACAACAAGAGGCUCACGCUGCUCCCAAACCCACCACUCCGAGCUUCAAGCACAAGUUUAGAGCCAUCUUCACCAUCCUUUACAUCAUGGAGCAGUUCUUCUUGCCGUACUCACACUUCAUCACGCAGGGCUAUAAUAACUGGACAAAUGGACUGUAUGGCUACUCGUGGGACAUGAUGGUUCACGCUCGCUCACAUCAGCAUGUCAAGAUCACGUACAGAGAUGGUGUUACGGGGGAUGUUGGAUAUCUGAACCCUGGAGUUUUCACUCAGAGCCGGAGAUGGAAAGACCAUGGAGACAUGUUGAAGCAAUACGCUACUUGCCUCAGUGAAAAUCUGCCACAGUUCAAUAUCUCAGACCCAGAGAUCUACUUUGACAUUUGGGUGUCCAUUAAUGACCGCUUCCAACAGAGGAUAUUUGACCCACGUGUUGAUAUUGUAAAAGCCGAUUGGUCACCAUUCCGGCCCAAUUCAUGGCUCAUGCCGCUGCUCGUUGACCUCUCACCGUGGAGGACUAAAUUUGAGGAGAUUGAAGGGUCUUUAGACAACCAGACUGAGGUGGUCUUCAUCGCUGACUUCCCAGGCCUUUAUCUCGAAAACUAUGUGAGUGAGGACCUUGGGAACACCAGCGUUCAAGUCCUGGAGGGUCUGGUGAAUGUUGAAAUAGUGGACGAGAAGAAGAACUAUAGUUUACAACCUGGAGAAAAGAUGCAGAUUCCAGCUGGUGGGUACCAUAAGGUGUACACGGUGUCUGAAGGGCCGUCGUGUUACAUGUACAUCUAUGUAAACACUACUGAGGCAGAGCUGCAGAAGAACUUCACGAAGCUUUCUGAACUUCAGGAGAAAGUGCGCAAUGGAACGGAAACCGAGCCUCUUCCUCCUGAGCUGCAGCCACUCAUCACCGGUCUCGACGACCAGGACUCAGACAGCAGUGUAAUCGACCCUGUAGUGAGAAUCUUCCUGAAACGACAGAAGCGCAUGCAGGAGGUGAAAAAGAGACGAGAAGCUUCUUUAAUCGAAAGAUUCCAGAGAUUUGCCUCAAAGAAAUACUACUCGAUUAGACGAGGGUUCCUGAUGACAGCCAUUGCUUUGCGUAACCUGGCCGUGGGUUUGCCACCGCUGGAGCAACUGACAAGAGAAGUGGCCUACGCCAACAUGAAGGAGCCCGAGACCGAGACCGAGGCCAGUCAGGAUGAGCGUCUUAAAGAUGAGGUGGGCCACGGAGAGCUGUGAGAAAAGACACUGUUACUGAGCUGCUGGAUGAUCAAAUCAGUUUAUUGUUUACAGUUUG